AUAAAAACGAAAGAAAAGGGAGGUGGGGGGCGGCCGUCCUCGUUUACCCCCCUCCGCUUCUUUCAGCCAAGCAGAGCGGCAAGGUGGGGAGAGGGCUUUCAAAUUAAACCAGCUUGGAUUUAUUUAACAGCAAAAUGACGGAUUUGGGAGCGCCGGAGAUGCUCCUGGUGAGGAGGCGGCUGAAUAUGAAGAACACUGGCAGGCUGAGACGCGACCUCCCGCUUCUCCUCCUGCUGGGGCUUCUCAUCGGGGAUUUCUCCUCGUCCAGAGCUGAAUCUUGUGGUGGUGUAGUCCAAGGCCUGAAUGGCACCAUAGAAUCGCCUGGUUUCCCCCACGGCUAUCCCAACUACGCCAACUGUACAUGGCUGAUAAUAACAGGGGAGAGGAACCGGAUCCAGCUAACCUUCGUCACGCUGGCUCUGGAGGAAGACUUUGAUAUUGUAUCAGUUUAUGAUGGACAACCAUCGCCUGGAAACUUAAAAAUGAGGUUAUCAGGAUUCAUGCUGCCCUCCUCUAUAGUCAGCAGUGGAUCUAUAUUGGCCUUGUGGUUCACCACAGACUUUGCCGUCAGCGCCCAGGGCUUCAAAGCUGUAUAUGAAGUCCUGCCCAGCCAUACAUGCGGCACCCCCGGCCUCAUUCCAAAUGGAGUCAUUCACGGCUCACGGUACAACAUAGGGGACAAGAUCCGAUACAGCUGUGAGUCAGGCUUUGUACUGGAAGGACACAGUAUCCUCACGUGUAUUGUAUCAGCUGGCAGUGGAGCACAGUGGGAUUUUCCAUCACCAUUUUGUAGAGCGGAGGGAGCAUGUGGGGGUACAUUACGAGGCACCGCGGGUUCAAUAACCAGCCCAGGAUACCCUGCAGAGUAUGACAACAACCUGGACUGUACAUGGUCAAUCCUCGCCGAACCUGGGGAUACCAUAGCGCUUGUCUUCAAUGACUUCUUACUAGAGGACAAAUAUGACUUCUUGGAAAUCAGCGGGACAGAAGCACCAAGCAUAUGGCUGACUGGUACAAUCCUGCCCUCACCAGUGAUAUCAAACAAGAACUGGCUUCGGAUACACUUCACCUCAGACAGUAAUCAUCGAAGAAAAGGAUUCAGUGCUCAGUACCAAGUGAAGAAAGCAAUAGAAUUGAAGUCCAGAGGAGUGAAGAUGAUGCCCAGCAAAGACUCCAGUCACAAAAAUGCUGUCUUGAAGAAAGCAAUAGAAUUGAAGUCCAGAGGAGUGAAGAUGAUGCCCAGCAAAGACUCCAGUCACAAAAAUGCUGUCUUGAGUCAAAGCGGCCUUGCUGGUGAUGUUUGUCCAGAUCCUGGAGUUCCAGAAAAUGGAAAGAGGAUGGGCUCUACCUUUCAAGUUGGCUCCAGCGUCCAGUUCAGUUGUGAUGACAGUUAUGUACUACAAGGAUCUAAAAGUAUCACCUGUCAACGAGUCACUGACACACUGGCUGCCUGGAGUGACCACAGACCCAUCUGCAGAACACGUACCUGUGGCAGUAACCUAAGGGGGCCCAGAGGGGUCAUAACUUCUCCUAACUACCCUGUUCAAUAUGAGAACAACGCACACUGUGUGUGGGUCAUCACUGCAAUGGACUCUGGGAAGGUGAUAAAGUUGUCAUUUGAAGAGUUUGACCUGGAAAGAGGAUAUGACACACUAACUGUAGGAGAUGGAGGGAAGAUAGGAGACACUCGGAGGGUACUCUAUGUACUCACAGGCUCCAGUGUCCCGGACCUCAUCGUUAGCUUGUCCAGUCAGAUGUGGCUACACCUGCAGUCAGAUGAUACAAUCGGCUCGGCUGGGUUCAAGGCGGUCUAUGAAGAGAUUGAACGGGGAGGCUGCGGUGAUCCGGGGGUGCCAGCAUUUGGUCGUCGUAGCGGCGAUCGCUUUCAACAUGGUGACGUUUUGACCUUCUUUUGCCAGUCAGCCUUUGAACUUGUGGGAGAGAGGACCAUCACUUGCCAGCCCAAUAACCAGUGGUCUGGAAAUAAACCCAGCUGUGUCUUUUCAUGUUUUUUCAACUUCACGGCUCCAUCAGGGACUAUAUUGUCCCCAAACUACCCAGAGGAGUAUGGGAACAACCUGAACUGUGUGUGGUUGAUUAUUUCUGAACCAGGAAGCCGCAUUCAUCUUCUAUUCUCUGACUUUGACCUGGAACCACAGUUCGACUGGUUGGUGGUCAAAGAUGAAGGUCUGUCUGAACCAACAACAUUUGGGACCUUCUCAGGAAAAGACGUUCCAUCACAGAUUGCCUCAAACGGACAUAUUAUGAGAUUGGAAUUUCAGUCUGAUCACUCUAACACUGGAAAAGGCUUCAAUAUCAGCUAUACCACAUUUGGUCAGAAUGAAUGUCACGACCCAGGAGUACCUGUCAAUGGACAAAGGUAUGGUGACCAGUUUCAACUGGGCAGCUCUGUGGCUUUUCGCUGUGAUCAAGGAUUUAUUAGGACACAGGGGUCAGAUCAGGUCACUUGCAUCAUCCAGGAUGGAAAUGUUGUUUGGUCUGCAGCUGUACCUCGCUGUGAAGCUCCAUGUGGAGGCCAUCUCACAGCUCCCACUGGUGUUCUGCUGUCUCCUGGUUGGCCUUCCUUUUAUAAAGACUCGCUGAGCUGCCAGUGGGUGAUUGAAGCUCAGACAGACCAUGCUGUCAAGAUACACUUUGACAGGUUCCAGACUGAGGUCAACUAUGACACACUGGAAAUCAGGGAUGGCCCCUCAGCCUCCUCCCCACUGAUCGGUGAAUACCAUGGUACCCAAGCACCUCAUUUCCUGAUUUCCACAUCCAACUUCCUGUUCCUGUUAUUCACCACAGACAACAGCCGCUCUGCAGCUGGCUUCAGCAUCAGAUAUGAAAGUGUGAAAAUGGAGUCAGACUCUUGUCUUGAUCCUGGUAUUCCAGUCAACGGUCGUCGCCAUGGCAGCAGCUUUUCAAUUGGCUCCCGUGUCUCAUUUACAUGUGACCCGGGAUAUACACUAAGUGAUCAGGAGCCGAUUGUCUGUGAGCAGAAUCAUCAGUGGAGUCAUGCUCUUCCCAGCUGUGAUGCCGUUUGUGGAGGCUAUGUUUAUGGUAAGACAGGGACUAUUCUGUCUCCUGGCUUUCCUGACUUCUACCCCAAUUCUCUUAACUGCACCUGGACUAUAGAAGUGUCUCAUGGGAAAGGAGUCCAUCUGGUUUUCCACACGUUCCAUCUGGAGGAGAACCAUGACUACCUGUCCAUCACUGAAGACGGGAACUUCCAGGUCCCAGUAGCUCGACUCACAGGCUCAGUUCUGCCCCCUAGUGUAAAAGCAGGACUCUAUGGGAACUUCAGUGCUCAGCUGCGAUUUAUAUCAGAUUUUUCCAUGAGUUAUGAAGGCUUUAAUAUUACUUUCUCAGUAUUUCAAGUUGGCGAUUCGCUCGCCUUCUCCUGUUUCCAUGGCUACCGACUUGAGGGAGACAGCAAGAUCACAUGUCUGGGAGGAGGCAGGCGAGUCUGGAGCAACACUCUGCCACGAUGUAUAGCUGAGUGUGGAGCCUCUUCACUGGGCCCAGAAGGCGUCCUCCUUUCUCCCAACUUCCCUUCUGACUACGAUAACAACCAUGAGUGCAUCUACCACAUCACUACUGAAAAGGGCAAAGGAAUCAGGUUGAAAGCUGAGAGCUUCUCGUUGCAAGAUGGAGACUAUCUCAAGCAACAGACUACAGACAUUUGCAUUGCUGUCGGUGCCACAGCCUCUGUUUCAGUUGCCAUCUCCUCUUUAUCAGCCAUCACUCCUGGAAAGACCUCCAGCAUGGUCACAGAGACGAGUAAUUUUCCUGGUAAUCAUGCAUCCACCUGUGGGGGUAAUGUCAGCGGCCCCUCUGGAGUCAUUUUGUCUCCUAACUACCCCCAGCCAUACCCCCCUGGGAAUUCUCUACCAACAGUAUAUCAAUAUCUGUCUCUGGUUGUUUCACACUCUGUAGCCACUACAGCAACAACCUGCAACGACCCAGGCAUCCCUGUAAAUGGCUCCCGAUAUGGGGACAGUAAGGAGCCUGGUGACAGUAUAACAUUCCAAUGUGACCCAGGCUACCAGCUGCAAGGCCACGACACCAUUACAUGUGUGCGGAUGGAUAACAGAUUCUACUAGCACCCUGACCCUCCAACAUGUAUAGCCACCUGUGGGGGUAAUGUCAGCGGCCCCUCUGGAGUCAUCUUGUCUCCUAACUACCCCCAGCCAUACCCCCCUGGGAAAGAGGGCGAUUGGAGAAUCAGAGUGAACCCUGACUUUGUCAUUGCCCUCAUUUUCAAAAGUUUCAACAUGGAGCCAAGUUAUGACUUCCUGCACAUCUAUGAGGGUGAAGACUCCAAUGGACCGUUACUAGCAAGUCUCCAAGGCAACCAGGCCCCAGAGCGAAUAGAGAGCAGUAGUAACAGCCUCUUCCUGGCAUUCCGAUCAGAUGCCUCACUGGGCAUGUCUGGCUUCGCAAUCGAAUAUAGAGAAAAACCAAGAGAGGCCUGUUUUGACCCUGGUAACAUUAUGAACGCCAGUCGCACAGGUUAUGACUAUAAACUUGGAUCUCAGGUCUCCUACAACUGUCACCAUGGAUACACGACAGUGGGCGGGGACACCAUCACCUGUGUCAUGGGGCAUGAUGGGAAGCCAGUGUGGGACAGAGCUCUGCCAUCAUGUAAAGCUCCAUGCGGAGGACAGUAUGGUGGCUCUGAAGGAGUUGUUUUGUCUCCAAACUAUCCUCUGAACUACACUACAAGACAGACUUGCUCCUAUUACAUCGCUGUGUCCCCACAGUUUGUGGUGUUUGGUCAGUUUGCCGUUUUCCAGACAGCAAUGAACGACUCGGUGGAGCUGUUCGAUGGAGCCAAUGAGAACACUCGUUUGCUUAGCUCCCUGGCUGGCUCACAUUCAGGAGAGACAUUGCCAUUGGCAACUUCCAAUCAGAUCAUGCUACGGUUCAAUGCUAAGAGCGGCCAGUCAGCUAGAGGCUUUCACUUUGUCUACCAAGCUGUACCUCGUACCAGUGACAGUCAGUGCAGUUCAGUGCCGGAGCCUCGUUAUGGCCGGCGGAUCGGCUCAGAGUUCUCAGCUGGCUCCGUGGUUCGAUUUGAAUGCAGUCCAGGGUAUCUACUAAAAGGAUCCAGUGCUAUCCGCUGCCAAGCUGUGCCAGGUGCCCUCGCACAGUGGAAUGCAACAACACCAACUUGUAUAGUUCCCUGCAGUGGCAAUUUGACUGAACGUCGUGGUACAAUACUGUCUCCUGGCUAUCCUGAACCCUACCCUAACAGUCUCAAUUGUAUUUGGAGGAUCCAUGUCAGUGAAGGGGCUGGGAUACAGAUCCAAGUGAUGACGUUUGCGACUGAGCACAACUGGGACUCUCUGGAGAUCUACGAUGGAGGAGACAUGACAGCUCCUAAAUUAGGGUCAUUUUCUGGAACUACAGCUCCCGCCCUGCUCAACUCAACAUCCAAUCAGCUCCUUCUGCACUUUCAGAGUGACAUAAGCGUGGUGGCAGCGGGCUUUCACCUAGAAUACAAGACGGUUGGUCUUACCACCUGUCCAGAGCCAAUGAUCCCUGCCAAUGGCAUUAAAACUGGAGACAGAUAUAUGGUCAAUGAGGUGGUGGCGUUCACCUGCGAACCAGGAUAUACGUUACAGGGCCACUCUCACAUUUCCUGCAUGCCUGGAACUGUGCGUCGAUGGAACUACCCACCUCCUCUUUGCAUAGCUCGUUGUGGCGGGUUGUUGUCUGAGAUGAGUGGUGUCAUCCUCAGUCCAGGUUUCCCUGGCAACUACCCCGGCAAUCUGGACUGCACCUGGCAAAUCACCCUGCCAACUGGAUANGGAGCCCAUAUACAAUUUCAAAACUUCUCUUCUGAAGACAACCAUGACUUCCUAGAGGUCAGGGCUGGACCACAGCACAGCUCUGCUCUUAUUGGACAGUUUACUGGCUCACAAAUCCCACCCCCUCUACUGAGCACUACACACCUAACCAUCAUCCACUUCUAUAGUGACCACUCAGAGAACAGGCCUGGGUUUAGACUCUCUUAUCAGGCCUAUCAGCUUCAGAACUGCCAGGACCCUUUUCCUUUCCCUAAUGGUGAGAUCAUCACCAGUGACUACAGCGCUGGCCAGUCAAUAACGUUUCAGUGCUACCCUGGCUAUGUGUUGAUCGGACACCCAGUACUCACAUGCCUGCAUGGAGCCAAUAGGAAGUGGAACCACCCAUUUCCACACUGUGAGGCUCCUUGUGGUUAUAAUGUCACGGCUGAAAAUGGUACCAUCUAUUCACCUCAAUAUCCCAAUGAAUACCCCAACUCCCAAGACUGCAGCUGGCUCAUCACUGUUCCCCACGGACAUGGAGUUUAUAUCAACUUCACCUUACUGCAGACAGAGCCUGUCACUGAUUACAUCGCUGUCUGGGAUGGCCCAGAAACGUCCAGCCCUCAGCUUGGAGUCUUCAGUGGCAACACAGCAUUAGAGUCAGCCUACAGUACCAGCCCCAAGGUCCUGAUCCGCUUUCACUCUGACUUUUCAACUGGAGGCUUCUUCAUUCUCAAUUUUCAUGCCUACCGUCUGAAGAAAUGCCUUCCUCCCCCUGUUGUGGAGAAUGCAGAGAUGAUCUAUGAAAAUGAAGACUUCCAGAUAGGUGAUAUUGUACAGUAUCGCUGUUUACCUGGAUACACACUGGUUGGCAAGGCAGAGCUUAUGUGCAAACUCAACUCCCAUUUGCUCUUUGAAUCCGCACCUCCAACAUGUCAAGCCCAGUGCCCAGCCAAUGAGGAGCGAACUUCGUCAUCAGGAGUCAUACUAAGUCCCGGGUUUCCUAGCAACUACCCCAACAGUCAGACGUGCUCCUGGCUUCUACGUAUGCUUCCAGGUUACACCAUCAGUAUCUACGUUGAGAUGUUCCACAGUGAGAAACAGUUUGAUGAACUGGAGAUCUUUGAUGGCCCCUCGGGACAAAGCCCUUUGCUUGUUGCUCUAAGUGGAAACCACUCAUCUCAGUUGAACUUCACAUCUAAAACAAACCAGCUCUAUCUACGAUGGUCCACUGACCAUGCAACCAACAAGAGAGGAUUCAAGAUACGAUACUCAGCUGCAUACUGCAGCAUUAAUGAUCCUCUGAUGAAUGGGGGCGUGGUCAACCGAACCAAACUCCGUCCAGGUAGCAGACUUCAGUUCUUUUGUAAUCGUGGUUACCGCCUGGUAGGAUCAAGCAACGCCACCUGCAGGUUCCACACCAAUGGGCUUUUCCAGUGGGAUACACCACCGCCUUUUUGUCAAGCUAUCUCGUGUGGAAUCCCUCAUUCGCCAGGCAACGGCAGUUUCCAUGCUUACCGGUACACUGUUGGUAGCCAGGUCACCUACCAUUGUAACCAUGGUUACCACCUUGAUCCUGGUGUUCCCAUGACAGCAGUGUGUUUGGAGGAUGGCACCUGGAGUAAUGCUGCCUCACCUCCCAGAUGUCUACCUGUGCACUGCCCCAGCAUCGAGGGCACUUUGUCAGAUCACAUGACCUACCACCUGCUCUCUGGUAGGCUGGAAGAGUUUGGUUCUCUGGUGAUGCUGGAAUGCGCUACAGGGUACUAUUUGGGUGUGGGGCAUCGGACUCUUCGCUGCCUAGCCAACGGGACCUGGGAGGGGUCUGAUGAUCCAGCUACAUGCAAGAUAAUUUCUUGUGGUGAGCUGCCUUCUCCACCUUUUGGGACCAAAAUGGGGACACUGACCACCUUUGGAGCAACUGCAAUCUUUAUGUGCAACCACGGUUACACAUUGGUGGGGUCACAUGUCAGAGAGUGCAGCGCUAACGGCCUGUGGAGCGGUACAGAGACGAGGUGUCUAGCUGGUCACUGUGAUGCUCCAGAUCCUAUAGUCAAUGGCCAUAUUAGUGGAGAUGGCUCAAGUUAUCGUGACACAGUGGUGUACCAGUGCAUGUUAGGAUAUCGGCUAAUCGGCACAUCAGUCAGAAUCUGCCAACAAGACCAUCGGUGGUCUGGAACAACACCUGUCUGUGUCCCAAUCACUUGUGGUCACCCUGGCAACCCAGCCAACGGGCGCACCAAUGGCAGCGAGUUCAACCUCAAUGAUGUUGUCAACUUCACGUGUAACAAAGGUUACAUCCUCAGUGGGAAUGCGCGUGCUCAGUGUCGACUCAACGGACAAUGGAGCAGCCCCCUACCCGUCUGCAAAGUGGUGAACUGUACAGACCCCGGCCACGUGGAGAACGGUGUGCGUCAGUCUGGCCUGCGUUACCCAGAAAUCUUUAGCUAUGGUGUAACUGUGGCAAUCCACUGUAAACGAGGCUUCUACCUGCUAGGCUCUGCAGUCCUCACAUGCCAGCAUGAUGCACGGUGGGACCGACCAAUCCCCCGCUGCUUAGCUAUUUCCUGUGGUGACCCGGGUGUACCCCCUAAUGCAGUAGUAACUGGAGCCCACAGCUGGACAUACGGUUCAGUGCUGCAGUACUCCUGUCUGCCUGGAGGGUUGCUGGUGGGCAACACCACUCGCCACUGUCAGGAAGAUGGCACAUGGAGUGGAGCGCCACCAUACUGCACCGGUGCCAGUACAGGAAUCUGUGGAGACCCAGGGAUCCCUCCCCACAGUGCCCGUCUAGGAGGGGAAGAAUUUAAAACCAAGAGCCUGCUGCGUUUCAGCUGUGAGGCGGGAUAUAGUCUGAUUGGCUCUGCGGAGAGGACGUGUCUUCACAAUGGCACCUGGAGUGGCAUGCAGCCUUUCUGUCAAGCUGUAUCCUGUGGUAACCCUGGCACCCCAGCACACGGCAGAAUUGUCUUCAGUGAUGGCAUCACCUUUGGCAGCUCGGUAGCUUAUGCUUGCUGGGAAGGUUAUAAAACAUCAGGCCUGACCACCAGACACUGCACUACAAAUGGGACAUGGACAGGACAGCCCCCAGAUUGCACUGUGGUCAGUUGUGGAGACCCUGGGCCUAUAGCCAAUGGGAUCUAUCUAGGAAGUGAGUUUACCUUCAACCACACAGUGACCUACCACUGUAACCCUGGACACCUGGCGGAGCCACCUGGACACAGCAUUCUUCGCUGCACUAAAGAUGGAACCUGGAAUCAAACUAAACCCAGUUGCAAAGUAAUCCAGUGUCACCCUCCUCCUCAAGUACAUCACGGGAAAGUGGAAGGGAGCGACUACUCAUGGGGAUCGAGUGUUAGCUACAGUUGUUUCCAUGGUUACCAGUUGUCUACUCCUGCAGUGCUGACCUGUGAGGGGAACGGGACGUGGACGGGAGACGUACCACAGUGUCUGUCUUUUUUGUGUGGUGAUCCCGGCUCCCCUGGAGGAGGAUUCAGAGAAGGAAACAUCUUUUCAUACCGGUCAGAAGUCAGGUUCUACUGCCAAGCCCCCUACCUGCUGGUAGGCUCCGCCUCCAGAGUCUGUCAAGCUGAUGGGAUUUGGAGUGGCCAACAACCAGCCUGUAUAGAUCCAGCCUUCAAUAGCUGUCGUGACCCAGGAACUCCAGCUUAUGGCAUCCCAGUCGUGGCCCAGGGCUUUCAGGUUGGCAGUAAGAUUUCCUUCAAGUGCCGCAAAAACUACCACAUCCUUGGUUCAACCACAAGAACAUGCCUAGAAAACCUAACCUGGAGUGGAACUCAACCUGAGUGCAUAGCCCAUUCAUGCAGACAGCCAGAGACCCCCAGUAAUGUAGAUGUUCGAUCUAUGGACCUACCUACCUUGGGAUAUACACUGAUCUACACCUGUCAAGACGGUUUUUAUCUGGCUGGUGGUUCAGAACACAGAACCUGCAAAAAUGAUGGGAGGUGGUCAGGAAAACCCCCGCUUUGUAAAGUUGGAGUGAAAGUCAAUCCCAAAAGCAGAGGAGAAACUGAUGUCCAGAAGAACAAGAUUCAUGUUCCAGUGGAUGUGUUCUCUCCAAACUCUGAGUGGAGCGGUUUCUACGAGUAUCUAGGGAAGAGACAGACCACCACAUUUACAGUUAUUGGGUUCAAUGCUACCAGCGGGAGAGUUAACAUCACACUGCUGGAGACCACCGGAGUGUCAAUUAGACUGUCAGGUACCUAUAAGACGGAGGAGAACCAGCUGCUGUUGAAGGUCUACCAGGUGAAGGGGCCAACAGAGCAUUACUACAGCAAGUUUAAAAAUGACAACUGGGCUAUGGAUGGAUAUGUUACUGCAGAAUCAGACCAAAAGACCUUUGUGUACCAGGGGCACAUUCACAGUAAAGACUUUGGCAAGUUCCGUCUCACCAGGCAAGGACCUGUAACCAUGGCAAUGGACCCAUCCAGCCCCUACACAAACAGCAGCUCUGUGGCAGCAGCUAUCUUAGUUCCUUUCUUUGCCCUCAUCCUGUCUGGAUUUGCCUUCUACCUCUACAAGCACAGGGCACGUCCAAAGGUUCAGUUCAAUGGCUAUGUUGGCCACGAGAGUUCCAAUGGUCAGGCAUCAUUUGAAAACCCAAUGUAUGACACCAACAUGAAGCCCACUGAGGCUAAGGCAGUUCGAUUUGAUACCACGCUCAAUACAGUCUGCACUGUGGUAUAGUCCAGCAAACCUGCCACUACCUAUACAGUACAGUGGUUCAGCCCACCCUUCAUGUUGCAGUUUUGCGGUGUGGUUUAACCAAACAAAACAGAAAGAACAUACUUGUGAUUUGGACUCGCCACUGUGAGGAGUCUGUGUUGUAGCACGCUAGUCCUCUUCAGCACUAUCUGCACAGUAAUGCAGGUCUGCUCCACCUCCUGCCUGAACAAUGGUAUCAUCCAUCUCUCUUGGAACCAAUAAACAAGGGAGGAAAAAUGGCAUCAAAUAACAUGACGUCUGUUGUUUCAGAGAUUAAUGCUGGGACUAGAAAUUUUGUUAAGCAUUGUUGCAAUUCAGACAUCAAGGAAAAACAGAGAAAGAUACAGUUAGUUAAACUUCCUCCAAGAGCGACAACCUCUCUGAACAGUGCUUGUGCAGUGUCAGCUGACAUCUGCUAAAUCUGACCCAACCUCCGUAUGGAAAGUCCAUUGUAAGGCCAGAAACCCCUCCCUGCAACCCGAAUAAUGGUUUACCCCAAAUUCCCAUGCCAAAUUUGCACAGUGGUAUAGGCUUACUAACUCCCCUGCUGCAGUGCGGACCUAGGUUUGACUGAUGUGAGGUUCUAUCCUCAGGGGAAGCACACGGACUAUUCCACCCUUAAGCCCCCCACCCACCCACGUUGAAUAGUAGUGGAUGGUUCCAUCAACAAACACCAUCAUUGGUGCUGGACCAAAAACCUCUCACUGGACUUCUAUCACACUGGACUUGACUAGACUGAGGCAAUGACAGCUUCCACAGUCUGUUUCAGUGAAAUCUGAUGUUUCUUGUACAGGUUACUGUAAAGCUGACAGACAAAUGCAGCUACAAGUUCCUCAAGAGCAGUUCCUUUCAGGAAAAUAAUACUGUCAUCCAGUCAGUAGUAGGAGUGGUGGACGAGUGCUAAACAUCCCAGGCUGUAGAUAUGUUUGAAAUGUUUGUUUUAGCCUACUCUGAGUACUUUAAGAACUAGGCUUAAUAUAGCAGGACAGUCACAGAGUUACAGUAGGAAUGUUUGAAUGAAUUUUCAAAUAAGUAUUUGUGAUUGUCUUUACCUUUUACCACCUAAUAAGUAGGCUAAAACAUACAGUACCUUCUCAAGCAUUUGCAAGCACUCUUUUCCCAGGUUUAGUACUAGAAAUUGUGAACUAGGUCUAAAUGAGUACUGGAUGUUUAAUAUAUUCUUUAGCGAUACUAUAAAAUCAGUCACAAUAUUCCAUAUUAGCACUGGGCAGUCUGUGCUGAACAAGAAAACCAGACAUUUGAGUUGCCGGGUUGGUGUACACAAUGGACUGGUUUCCAGAGGCCUAUCUAAAACAAUCGGUCAGACAACUGAUUCUUGUUCUUGGACUAGCCAGGAUUCUGUGUUUGGUUAUUGAACAAGUGGAAGCCUGGAGG